AUGCUGUCCUUCUUUGGCUGGGGCUCGAGCCCCAAGAAUGGGUCGAAUGGAUCUCCCUCUUCAGAAGAGUCUUCUUCCAAUGGCGACCAGAGCCCAUCAUCGCCUACCCAAUUUCCGCCGCAACCCCCGCCGACACAAUUAGCCAAUCAACCACCCCAAUCAAACCUCAACCUCAAGCUCCUUUUCGGUGGCAUGACCUUCUUCGCCAUAUCACUCAUGAUAACUCGCCGCUCCCUUGCCCGAAAACGCCUUGCCAGCAUCCCUCCCUUCUACACCGGCUCGAUCUACCACCAACCCCAGGUCAACGGGGGUGUGGAGGCCUUCGAGGCGCUGAACCUCGCUACUAUCAACGUGCUGUCGUUUGGAAUGAUGACAACUGGAGCAGUGCUGUAUUCAUUCAACAUCAACGAGCUGGAGGAUAUGCGCAAGAUUGUCAGAGGCGGGCUGGAAAGUGGCGGGUCCGGGACGAAGACGGACGAAGAGCUCGAGCGAGAGGUCUCGGAGUGGGUGGUGAGCGUUCUUGGAGACCGGUUCGAGAAGCAGCUGGAGAAAGAAAAGAUGAAAAAGCAGGUGUGGGAGUCGGGGAAGACGGAUGAAAAUGACAAGGCGAAUUAA